CUGCUGCGACUGCUCGGAACGACGAAACAGGUACAGUGGCGCGCAUUCCCUCCAUGUCUAGAGAGCCCGUUGUAGGAGUCCGUAGUUAAUCAGUCAGCUAUUAGCUGAGGUACACGAAAAUGUUCUCGUUGAUACCACGUUCUGUGAUAGCUGGCCUGGCAUCGCGGUCGGCCAUUCAAGGACAAAAGGGCGUACUGACUGAAUCUUUGAAAUUAAUUAAAAAUGACGAUUCCAUCAAACGAGAGUAUCAUGAAGUCAGUGGUGACGUCAUCUGUCCAUCACAAGUUAUGGGCAUUGACCAUCUGCGAGAUCCCCGGCUGAAUAAGGGUCUGGCAUUCACAUUGGAGGAAAGACAAGCUCUUGGUAUUCACGGACUUCAACCUGCCAGAUUCAAAUCCCAAGAAGAACAGCUUGAAUUAUGUAGGAUAUCAAUUGAACGAUAUCAAGAAGAUUUGAACAAAUAUCUCUAUCUCACAGAAUUGCACGACAGAAAUGAAAAGCUCUUCUUCCGUCUCUUGUCUGAGAACAUAGAAUCACUGAUGCCGAUCGUGUAUACACCUACAGUAGGUCUGGCUUGCCAAAAAUUCGGGCUGAUUUAUAGAAGACCCAGGGGUUUAUUCAUUACCAUUAACGAUGUGGGUCACUGUUAUGAUGUAAUUAAAAAUUGGCCAGAACCCAACGUUAGAGCCAUCGUGGUAACAGAUGGUGAAAGGAUUUUGGGUUUGGGUGAUUUAGGUGCAUGCGGUAUGGGUAUCCCAGUAGGUAAAUUAGCUUUGUAUACUGCCCUAGCUGGCAUUCCACCACAUCAAUGUCUGCCCAUAGUAUUAGAUGUUGGCACUAAUAAUCAGAAACUGUUAGAAGAUCCACUAUAUGUAGGUUUAAGGCAACGACGUGUAACGGGAAAACUGUAUGAUGACUUCAUAGACGAAUUUAUGCAGGGUGUGGUCAAACGCUAUGGGCAAAAUACUCUAAUCCAAUUUGAAGAUUUCGGAAAUCACAACGCCUUCAGGUUCUUAGAUCGAUUCAGAGGACGUUACUGCACUUUCAAUGACGAUAUCCAAGGAACUGCUAGCGUAGCCGUUUCUGGUCUUAUCGCUUCAAAGAGGUUGACAGGCAAGAAAAUGUCUGAUAAUAAGUUCCUCUUCCUUGGCGCUGGAGAAGCUGCAAUCGGUAUCGCUGAUCUUUGUGUAAAGGCCAUGGAAUGCGAAGGAAUAUCCUUGGAGGAGGCCAGAUCUAAAAUUUGGAUGGUAGAUAUUGAUGGUCUCUUGGCUAAGGGCCGUGAAGAAGGUAACCUUGACGGACACAAAGCAUUCUAUGCCAAAGAUCACGCCCCCGUUAAGGAUUUCGCUCAGGUUGUAAAUGAGAUAAAGCCUUCUAUCCUUAUUGGAGCAUCAGCAGCUGCCGGAGCAUUUACUCCUGAAAUCUUAAAAGCUAUGGCUUCAUUCAAUGAAAGACCAAUUGUAUUCGCUCUCAGUAAUCCUACCAGCAAGGCUGAGUGUACUGCUGAGCAAGCCUACACUAAUACAGAUGGUCGUGUUAUAUUUGCCAGCGGCUCUCCUUUCGGUUCUGUAACCAUGGGAGACAAAACCUACUACCCAGGUCAAGGAAACAACGCAUACAUUUUCCCUGGUGUUGCCUUGGGUGUAUUAUUGGGUGGCAUCCACCACAUUCGUGAAGAACUGUUCUUAAUUGCAGCUGAGUGUGUAGCUCAAAAUGUUACAGAUGAAGAUCUAAAGAAAGGAAGUCUUUAUCCGCCACUUAGUGUAAUCAAGGAGUGUUCUAUGCAAAUUGCCAGCAAAAUUUUGGAUUAUGCCUAUAAAGAACGUAUUGCCUCAGUAUAUCCAGAACCUGAAGACAAGAGGGCUUAUAUUGAAUCUCACCAGUAUAAUUACAACUAUGAGCCCUCAUUGCCCAUCACAUGGGCAUGGCCUACCCCUAAAUAUAUCAAAACAAAACCUCUAGAGCCCACAAAAUUGGGACACAAAUAAAAAAUGUAUUAAGACGCAAGCAGUGAUAUUUAAAUUAUUUAUGUUACAGUUUAUAUUUGAAAUUUAAUAUUAAGUUUAAUUUAUUUGUACUUUUUUAUUGUUACGACGGAAUUUAUGUUUUUGAAAACAGAGAAAUUGUUAUUACAUUUAUACAGUUAGGUUCCUGCAAAUAUUGUAUAUGUUGUGCCAUAUGUAAAAUGUAAUUAUGUACUUAAUUAUACUUUUAAAAUAAUUUAUUACAUAUUAUGGAUAAGAAGUUAAUCGACACGAGGACAUAAAACAGAGUGGAAUCACAAGCACUAUUAAUUUUUUUCAGUAUUGUAUAGCAAAAUCAAGCAAUAUUACCAUUAGAUUAUUUAAACAGUAUUGUGUUUCUGGUCAUUUUAUUGAUUACCGACUUUUGGUAUAAGUGUAAUUAAUGUUAAUAAAAUUAUGUCACUGUUAA